AUGGAUACUGAAAGUGAAAUAGUACCAAGUGGUAGUAAUGUGAAUACCCCUAGACGUCUUAGAAGUUUGUUUGGAAAAGAGACAGGCCACCGAUCCACAUUGUAUAGAAGAACUAAGAGAUUGAAAUCGGAGUUGCUCGGUGACGUAGCCAAGAUGAUACUUCCCGGUUUCAGAGUCGAGGCUGGUGAAUGUCUAGUAGAUGAAACUUCUUGUAG